AUGGUGCAUUACACCUUUGUCAAACGACGAUUCCUGCAAUACACCUCGGCGCUCCUCUGCGUGUGGCUCCUUCUCUCGUACCUCGAGCGUCGUCGAGCGACGUCAUCGUCCUCGUCCGUUCAUCCCAUCUCGCUCCUCCUCCGAAGUGGGGAAGCGAUUCAUCGAGCGCGCCAACUGGAGCAACCCAAGACGUUGGAGGAAGCGGUGAACAAGUACAUGGCUCGACAUAAGCGAUCACCACCGAAGGGGUAUGAGCAAUGGUUCCGUACGGCGCGCAGACUCAAGGCUUGUCGCAUCGAUGGGUUCGAGGACCUUUAUCAGUCGCUUACGGUGUAUUGGGCACUGAGUGGCGAAGAAAUUAGGUGGGUGAAAGCAUCAUGUUCUGAACUCGGAAUGAGAGCUGAUCGAACCCAAAAUUGCGACACAGGCAGAGGCAAGAGCAGCUCGGUACCUUCGGAGGGAUGGGGCGGGUCCGAGUCAGGGGUGGUCAGGUCGUCAGCAUCAACGAGCUGGAGCGAGAGGGUAGUCUCGGAUUCGAGAGUGACGCACGAAAAGCGUUCCAUGAGAUGCUAGAAGCCACAACUGAACAGUUCAAUGUUGCCUUGCCCGAUCGUGAGUUACUUCUUCAUCAUCCGGAAUUCUACCAGCCCACACCUGGUCCGCGUUUCAGUUUUUAUGGCCUGAUCACUGGAUAGCUCGAAUAUUCCCACUGAUUGCUCCAACUUUUACCAACUAAAAGUGGACAUGUUCAUCAACGCCUACGACGAACCACGGAUGUCACUGCCCUUCGAGCUCCGGGAUGGAUUAGAGAAGAUGGCGGCGACGAGGAAGGUCCGCGCCCCUAUCAACGAGUCGCUCACCGUCUACAGCUUCGGUGCCAAACCCUACACGCUCUCCAAGUUCGACCAUACGUGUAUGAGAGGGGACUGUCCGACGUCGAUUGAGGCACUGCGUGCGGCUUGCCCACCCGACUCGCCUUUUCGCCACGCCGAGCUUCCCGAAGCCCCUGGCAAGGACCCGGUGAUCACGCAAAAGUAUACCAAGCCCUUUACGACCGCGCGCGGCAAUUUCCUCGUCUCACCUCGAAUGGAACAAGACACCUGGUGCGACCAACCCGAUCUCGCAUCGUUGCAUUCGGCCUACAUCCACCCUCUCUCGUUCACGUACUGGAACCAACUCUUCCCCGUUUUCAGCAACUCGCGCAUCGGCGGUUACCACGACAUCAUUAUCCCUUCGUGGUGGUACUGGUUCAACGAAAGUCCGCACCUCGCACACGAGGACCCAAAGUGGGAGAAAAAGAAGCCGAACUUGUUUUGGCGAGGCAGCAACACGGGCGGGUAUUCGCUCGAUUUGAACUGGCGAGGAUGGUUGAGGUCGCGCGUCGUUUCCAAGACGAACCGACCGAGCGAAUGGCCUCACAUCGAGGACGUGCUCCUCGCCGAUGCGGAUGACCGUAUCAUUCAUGCCAAACUCCCCGCCGCGGCACUCAACAGUGCGCUCACGGAUAUCGCAUUUGCCUCCCCUGAUCAAGGUCACCCCAACUCGCUCUACUACCAAAAGACUGAGCCCAGCUUCCGCUACACGGGCCGCGUACCUUUUUCGGAGAACUACAAGAGCAAAAUGAUGCUCGAUCUCGACGGCACUGCUUACUCGGGUCGUUUUCGCACCUUCAUGAAGAGCCGAGGCGCGGUCGUCAAGGCUCAUCUAUUUCGAGAAGGUAUCGAGGAUUCGCUCAUCCCUUGGUACCACUACAUCCCCGUCGGCGUAAGGCUGACCGAGCUUUACUCGGUCCUCGGCUACUUCUUCGGUGGUGCCCCCGCAGUGGAGCAUGCGCACAAGUUGGGUUUGAUGCGUCUGGUCGGUUGGCGCAAGACCAAAGAGGCUGAACGUGGCUUCUCGAGGGACGACGAGCUGCGGCAGAUCGCGCAGAGGGGUACCACCUGGGCGUCGCAGUGCGCGCGGAGGGAGGACCUGAUGCUGCAUGCGUGGCUGAUUGCUUUGGAGUGGGGACGCCUGACGAGCGACGACCGCGGCCGCCAGAGCCUCGUUUUGUAG